AUGGUUCCCGAAAAGAAACGUGUUCGAUUCGAUUUCUCACCAUUACUUAAUGGCACUGAUGAAUGUUCGGAGGAGAUUGGUUAUUAUCAAAUGACGGCGGUAGUUCAUUAUCAUAACCGCCCCACCCAUUCUAAAUCAAUUCUUAGUAGUAGUCGUACCUUUCCUGUUUGCAAGUGCCGGAUGACGGAUUCGAUGUCCCAGGAUUUUGAUCAUGAUCCUAAUUCGCCUAAACAGGUUUCGCUCUCAUUUUUCUUUUGUUAG